AUGGAGUUUCCAAGAGGGUUUGGAGUUCUCUUGUUGCUUGUCGCCGCAGUCACGUUGAUGAUCAGCCCAUGUUUGGUUGAUGGGCUGCGUAAUGUUAGCUCGAGCGAGGAGAUUUCUGGUCAAUACAACAAUGUUGUUGAGCAUGCGCAAGAAAGAAACACAAGCAACUCGUAUGGAGAAGUUCUCAUGAAAGAUCAUGGUAAUAAUGGCGGAAAAGGUGGUGGAGGUGGCGGUAGUGGGGGAGGUGGUGGAAGCGGUGGUAGCGGAGGGGGAAGUGGGGGAGGUGGCGGAGGCGGUGGUAGUGGAGGAGGAAGUGGUGGAAGUGGAGGAAAAGAUAAAGGUAAAAGUAAAGGGCACAAAAAGAGAAAAGGAGGGAAUGGAAGUGGAAGGGGAAACGGUAGUGGUGGCGGCGGUGGUGGUGGUGGAAGCCAGGGAGGAGGAGGUGGUGGUAGUGGCGGAGGAGGAGGAGGUGGUGGUGGGGGAGGAAAUGGUGGUCAUGGAUGGGGAGGAGGAAGUGGAAGUGGAGUUGGUGGGGGAGGAGGAGGUGGAGGAAAUGAUGGUGGAGGCGGAGGAGGAGGAGGUGGUGGUGGCGGAGGAGGAGGAGGUGGUGGCCAAGGCGGUGGUUGGGGAUGGGGAGGAGGAGGCAGUGGCGGAGGUGGAAGCCACGGUGGAUACUGUUGGGGCCCUGAAUGCGGCAUGCAGAGAGAGCCAAGAAAAAUUAAAGCUUCCAAACCAUGA